GUUUAAAAAAGAUUGAGAAAAGCCUUACGAAGUGCUCAAAUCCGACGCCAAGGGGAGUAAAAACAGACAGCAAAACAAUACAGUUAUAGUACCGCUUAAAUUUCCGCUGCUCUCCGCAGGAGCCACAUAGACCACGUUCGCCUUUCUCCCCACGACGCUUUUCUUCAUUGGUUUAAAUACGUAAAAUCUGCUGUGAAUUAGCGAAGAUCACAAUGACAACCCAUUUCAGGAGCGGACCUGCUUUCGGACUGUCAGCCGAGGUGAAGAGCAAGCUGGCCCAUAAAUAUGACCCCCAGAAGGAGGAGGAACUGAGGCUGUGGAUCCAUGAAGUUAUUGGUCGGAAAGUGCCGGACAACUUCAUGGAGGGGCUGAAAGACGGUGUCAUCCUCUGCGAGUUGAUCAACAAGCUCCAGCCUGGAUCUGUGAAAAAGAUCAACAACUCGCCACAGAACUGGCAUCAGCUGGAAAACAUCGGCAACUUUGUCAAGGCCAUCACCGAUUAUGGCCUAAAGCCGCACGAUGUCUUUGAAGCCAACGACCUGUUUGAGAACGUCAACCACACGCAAGUUCAGAGCACACUCAUUACGCUGGCCGGAAUGGCUAAAUCCAAAGGUUUUCAGUGCAAGUACGACAUUGGAGUUAAAUACGCUGAAAAACAGCAGCGCCGCUUUAACCCCGAGAAGCUGAAAGAGGGUCGCAACAUCAUUGGCCUGCAGAUGGGCACCAACAAGUUUGCCAGCCAGAAGGGCAUGACCUCGUACGGCACACGGCGCCACCUCUACGACCCCAAGACGGGCAUGGAAAGCCCGAUGGACCAAUCCACAAUCAGCUUGCAGAUGGGCACCAACAAGGGAGCCAAUCAGUCCGGCAUGACCGCCCCCGGCACCAAGCGGCAGAUCUUCGAUAAGAAGCUGGACCUGGAGCCGUGUGACACGUCCACCGUGUCCUUGCAGAUGGGCACCAACAAGGUGGCAUCUCAGAUGGGCAUGACUGUGUACGGACUGCCCCGCCAGGUCUACGACAGCAAGUACUGCGUCAACCCUGACACCCUGUUCAACAACGGCGAGGGGGGAGGACAGUACGCCUACGACAACUACCAGAAUUACUCUGACUAAGGCAGACCGUCGGCAUGCAAAGCCAGCUCUGCUCUCAUUCUAACUUCAUUCACUUCUCUAAUAGUUGGGGUAAGAUUUUGAUUCCCCCCCCCAGUCCCUCAUCUGCACCUCAUCUUACAGUUGGUUCCAAAUAUCUUUUGGGUCUUUUUUUUCUUAAUUCAUCAUCAAACACUUUUAAUAUAAUAAAAAAGCAAUUGUUAUGCCUCUUAUUAGGAACGAUACCAGGUGCUGCAUGUGGAGUCUUUAAAGUCUCUAUUUAAAUGUAGGUUUUGUAUUUAUUGAGAUAACAGAUUCAUCCUAGUUUAAUGGUACAAAACCUCAUAUAUAUUAUUUUUUUUUAACAGGUGGAAAAACCCUUGUGUGCAUGACAGUUUGUCCCCAUUUCCCUCAUUGUUGACCUUUGACCCCCGGGAUGACAUGCAUUAAUGAGCUUGAGUGUUAAUCUGCGGGAAGCUCUUCACCACUGCGCUGUAGUUCACCUGUGACCUUUGAUCUUUUCAGCUAGGAGACCUUAGUUUUCUACUCUGCCUCGCAGGACAGAAGAUAUUUAAAUUGGAUCUUGUAAAGUAUUUAUGAAGAAAUGUUUUGGGCUGCUCACGUAGCCCAGUUUAUAACUUUUAUAUGUAUCUAUGUUAGUGUGCCAUCUAGUGUUUAUUUUUCAAUAUAUCAGCUAUCUGGAUCUGUGCCAAAAAAGAUGUUUUAUAAUUGUAAAUCAGAAACCAUUUUUCUUCCAAAGUCAGAUCCUAUAUUUAAAAAAGCAACAGGAUCCAUAUACCAAAAUUUACCAGCCUAAAUAAGGACUCACUUUUAAAUACUUUUUUAACACUGUAUUUUUUUAGACUUGUAAGUCUAUGUGUAACUACAGAAAUUCUACAUUACCAAGGGUUUAAUGGUCCCUGUGGGUGGAAUUACUUAAGAUUGUGAACAUUUCGGGCAAGAAAUGUUGUAUGCAGCAUCAAAGGGACAGUAUGUUGGAGGUCAAGGUACACCAGAUACCUUUUCAGUGAUGAUUAUUGCUACUGAGGAAAUGAUUGCACUAAAGGAACCAAUAAUAUAGGAUGUUUUACACUGAAUUCGACACUAAGACUCUUCUUGUUCAUGGGAGAAUCCGUCCACCGUCUUGCCAAAAUGGGGAAAAAUUCUUUCUGUAAACCCUGCAGAAUCCCGAAGGUGCCCUUAGUCUGAGUCACCUGCGCUGGACACGAAAUGUUCAGUUUCCUAAUGCUUCAAUGGCCAAACAGGCAUGUGUGGGUCAUGUGAGCUCAAGCCCCUUUCAACUGAUAUAAACGCUUUUUCUCUGCUAGUGAAAUGUUGCUUGACAUUGGACCCAAGGUGUGUGUGCUUCAGUUACAUUUGCUGGGUUUGUUUUAAUGACAAUCAUGGCCACAUUAUUUCAAAGGUUGGAUAAAGCCAACUGUGCUUGGCCUCGACAAAGCAAAGCAUUUCCAUUAUGUCUGUAUUUUGGAAUAAAACUGUGCAAUACCAAUAAAACAAGGAAGCAGAAGCCAC